CUCGGAGCUCUCAUACUGGAGUGGAGGCUCAGAGCAGAAGCGCAGUGUCGGGGGUCCGUCCAGCUUCACCACAUGGAACUCGGAUCUGUCUGUCGGGUUCAUCCGGACACCCAAGCCUGAAAGUAAAGCCACAUCAGGAGCAGAAUGUCAGAGAUGGAUGGACCCACUGUAACAGAUGUAAGUGUUUUAGAAUCAGAGAAUUCACUCCAUCAGAAGGAUAAAGGGCCUGUGGUUGGUGGUUUGCGUCUUCGAUCUGCUCCUGGAGCUUGUGUGCUCUUCGCUGGUGUUUUGCUGCUCGUAGGGAUUGGAGUGGCGAUCGGUGGAUACUGGCCCCAUCGGAACCGCAGACCAGUGCCACAUCAUGCACCAUCUGGCCGAACACCAUCAGAAAAACUGAAAUUAGUUGGCCCUAUUAUUAUGGGAGUGGGCCUUUUCAUCUUCAUUUGUGCAAACACACUUCUCUAUGAGAAUCGGGACCACAGGCUGAAGGAAGCUAGCCAGAAAAAUGACACAGUAGAAGGACGACGAAAUUCACAAAGCUGCUCAGAAGCUGAAACGAACACCAACACACACACUCUGGCCUUGUCUGAACUCAACAUUCACUGCCUGCAAGGAGGGAUUACUGAACCGGCUCUUAAGUGCUCUUCCCUUUCCUUGGCCUCUUUAAACUCAAAUCAGAUGAACUUUGACCUUCAAGGUAGCAGGGAUGCUCUCAUGUUGAUUCCUCCUGUCAUCAAACUGAACAACUGCCUUGUAAGGUGCUCAGAUGCUCCGCCCCUUGGACAGCCCUUACCAGGCCCUGUUGAAAGGGCGGGACCAAUCAUAACAGACCAUUUACGUUCAUCUUUAACAAGAAAGAGUGUGGGGGAAAUGAGUACAGGACCAUUAAGGUAUACGCAGACUGUGGAUAAGUAGACACAAAUUCACUAUACUGUAUGAUUCAUGUUGUUAUCAUAUUUAAACUAGAAAAAAGUCCGCCUAAAGCAGCCUGACGUUCUUUGGUUUGUGCUUCCGGGGUCCUUAACGUUCUAAGUAGUAGACUACAAGGAAGUGUUUCUUAAUCAGCUAUGUCUCUUAAUAGCAAUUUCCAAAGACCCUUUUCAAACAGGUUUAAAUUCAGAACACUUCAGUUCUUUGUCUAAGGUGCAGUUUAGAACCUUUAAAAUAGGCGUCUUCCUAUCAGAGAAGGUUCUGAGUAGAAUUCAGUUAGAGGGCUAAGAAUCCCUUAAAAUGAUUCUUCAAAAAAUAGAUCUAGUACCGUAAGUGGUUCUUAGCUUGGUUCUCUAGGAGAACCCUCUAAGAGUCUGUGUAGAAGCCUGGAACAAAGCCUACUUCCUCAAACCUUGAACUUUCCAAAGACUGUAUACUCUUAGAAAAAGAGGCAAAAUCCCCAAACCCUUUAAGGGUUCUCUGGUUGUCUUGGGAACCUUUAAAGAGUACCAUGUAACAACGCAAAUGAGAUCCAAACGAAAUCCUUUUGAAAGGAAACAAUAAAAAAAAUAUGCAUUGACGAAACAUUUUUAAAGAAGUUUAUGGUUUAACUGCACAAUAAUGUUAGUGUUAAAUGUAAUGUUAAUGUUGAUGACGCAUUAAUGUUUAUUCUACAUUCAUGUUAGUGUCUUCAGGCUUUCCAGAUUAUUCUUAUAAUUUGUAGAAUUUCACCCCUGGAUCUAACGAGAUCGAAAUAAAGCCUGUUCCUUUACACUAUCUGUGUUCUUGUCACACAUUUGGUUUUCAAAAAUUUUAAUGUGUUCAACUAGCGUCCAUUUAAAAAGGCAAGAUAUCAGAGAAUGGAUGGUCAAUCUGAGGCAGACAUGUGAUCAUUUAAAUUCUUUUUCUUCUUACCUUAAAACAUUGGAAAAUAAAAAAUGAAAUAAUUUAUGAAAAUUGCUUUAUUAAUAAACAAUUACCCACUCAGUAUGGAUUGUCCAUUUGCAGCUCUUACAGAUUUCCAUUGUCACAUUGUGUGUGUCUGUCUCUAAGCUUUGCAUAUUUUCAUUUUCUCCUAUUCUAAAUCAGAUGGAGAAUAUUCAAUGUUGACAGCAGUUUCUACAUUAUGCCACAGUGUUCCAACUGGAUUUAAGUCUGUGCUUUUGACUCAGCCAUUCCAAAACAAACCCUUUUGUCAAGCCAUUCUUUAGUUGUUUGUGCUCUGUGCUGUAGUUCAUUAUCUUGUUGGAACGUACAUUCUCACUGUAAAGUCAUAUGUCUGGCUGACUGACUUCUCAACAAUCUGCUUAUCUUGCAUUAUUUUAGUCUCAUCAGACCACAAGAUCUUUUUCCAAAAAACGCUCACAUUUUCGAACAUGGACUUUCUCUGGUGUUCCUUCUGCCCAGUCUCGCAUAGAUCAGUGAAGAGCUGAUGAUAUUGUUGUC